AUGCCUCAUUUCAUGGUUCCUGAGUGUACUAAAAAAACUCACGGAAAACUGUGGGAAUCAGCUACCACAGAAUUCCAAAAGAAAAAGGUUUGCGAGAAGCGUGGUUGGCGAGAAUUCGCAGAGUAAGCCCACGCGAUAUAAAUAAUUCAUGUGUUUGUUCGGCGCAUUUUACACCAGACUGCUUCGAAAGAACGCUCGAUCUUGUGCCUGGCUACCAAAAAAAGCCAAAGCUAAAAUCAGACGCAGUGCCAUCUAUAUUUCCGCGCAGUAAGCCAGAAAAAGCUAGAAGCACAGGGCGAAGAAGAAAUCAAAUCCGCUCUGAACAAGCCAGUCAAGAGGUAUUAAGCCAUGAACGCUUGCAUGUAUUUGUAGUAUAAAAUACUUGUACAUUAUGUAAUUAUUUUGUAGCUUUCAUAUUGUGGCAGAAUUAACUUUCUGAACAUUUGUACGUUAUUAGACACAAAUAAAGCAUAAACACUUCAAUAACAUAUAUGUUGUGUAUAUUUUUUAAUACUUGCUGCAUAUAUUUAUAAUAUUAAAUUGUGUAUUUAUACGAGUUCAUAUUCUAAAAAAAUGUACAACCAUCAUCUUAACUCCUUCCGACAUCAUAUUGGGACAGUAAUAUGGAAGACAGACGCUGCAUGCUGUAUUUUAGUAGCCAUGCACAUGCACAACAAAUCCAACAUAGGGCCAGAACUAAUAAGGGGAACAUUUGCAUUAAUGUAUAAACCCUCAAAUUUAAAUUCACACACUGCACUGCAUUGUAUUUAGACACAUUCUUAUUUUUAAGAUACUUGAAGACUGUAUUAGUAUGCAAAUUGAGAGCUCAUCGACAUCCUCCCAAGCUAUUGAAUGUACUGAAUCUGAAAGUCAAUCAUGCACAAUUAGUUCUGUAUCUGAAACCCAAUGUCCCAUUGAUGGCAUGACAGCAAGUAGAGAAAUUGGCAUACAAUGUGAACUGUUGGUUGACCACAUUCCAAUUAUUAAGCCUAUGACAUCAUGCAUUGCAACCCAAACUGAAUCCAUGCUCCUUGAAUUACACACCCCUGCUCUUGCAACUGUUAGUGGAAAUGAUAUUGCACAAUCUGAUCAAGAAGUUAUGUAUAUUGAUGCACCUUCCUUAAAGGAAAGCACCAGUCUACCAGAGUGUCAUUCUCCAAGCACUUUUGCAGAAACUACUGACCUACUUGAAAAGGUAUCACCUCAGAAAAGCAUCUGUUCAGAGUAUACAUGCACACUGACUGAUACAGAUCAUAAUGAAUUAUACAUGCCUUCUGCUGAAAGUCAAACCGAAACAGAGAAUGAAAGUGAUGUAGAAACAGAAAAAUCUCCUGUAGAGCAGGAAAAAUUUGUGGUGUUUGAAAAAAAUCUAGAUGAGCUAUUUGUUACUUGUUCCACCUGUGCUAAGCCAAUAGUUGAGCAGUCUAAAAAAUGUAUUGGUAGCGUGGUGGUUGUUGAAACAGUAUGUGUUGAUGGACAUCAGAAUAAAUGGCGGUCACAGCCUAUGAUUGGUGAGAAGAUAGCAGGCAACUUGUUGCUUGCUGGAUCAAUACUGUUCAGUGGGAAUACUUUUCAAAAUGUAAACUCUUUAGCCCAUUGCUUGAACUUGGCUUUUAUUGGUAGAAGUACAUUUUAUGAUAUGCAGAAGGAGGUUCUUUUUCCUGUAGUUGAUAAGGCUUGGAAAGACCACCAAGUUGACCUGCUGAAUGAAACAAAAGAAUCAUCAUGGAGGAAAAUAGCAGUAAAAUUCUAG